UCCUCACUUUCUCUUGUGGCAUAAAUAUUGAUAGACCCAAGAAUUUGAAAGUUGAAACCUGAAAUCUCUUGCUUGCUCCAUUGAGUAUGGCCUACGGGAAGAGAAGCCAAACCUCCUCUAUUUUGGAGGUGUUUACUCUAAAUCCUCUGCCAUAUCCAGUGCUGCUAAUUUUAGCGGUGCUCUUCAUCUUUCUGGGCACCUCCUGGUACUUCUCCUAUGAAUCAGCAGUAGAAGCUGCGGAGGAGAAGAUGAGUUGGGCACUCAUGGCCGUUCCUAUUGUCUUACUCGUUGCUCUCCACUGGUUGUCGUCCAUAGACAAUCCCCACCUCCUAUUUGCCACCUCUCCUGCUGAUCGUCGCAGGAGAUCCCAUCAUCAACCGUCUGAGGGUACUUCUCCAUGGAUCGUGGCGGCAGUCAUCGUCUUGUUGCUUAUCAUGAUUUCUUACCAAUCUACCUUCCUUGAUAACUGGUCUGUCUGAUGUCUGAACUGAUCAAUAAACUCCAUCAAAUCAAUUUUAAGU